GAGAUCACACAUAUAAUGCAUGGAGCUCAUAGUAUCCUUGGAUUGUGGGAUGGCCUGCAGAACCUCCUAACCUGCCCAGUCUGUGGAAAUUAUCACAAGGAUCCUAUAACAAUGUUUUCUGGCAACACUGUCUGUCAGUCCUGUUAUCCACAAGAAUGCCCACCUGCAGGCCUCAACUGGAGGAUAAGAAGGAUAGUGACCCUGUUCAAGGAGAUGAAACCACUCCUGGAACAGCCCCAACCUGUCCCAGAGGGAUGGUGCCCCAAGCAUGAUGAGCCCUUCACCCUCCUAUGUCAAGAAGACAAUCAAAGAAUCUGCUAUGUCUGCCAAUACUCCUCCCUUCACAGUAAACAUACCCUGACUAAAUUAGAAGACCCAAAAGCAAGAGAAGCUUCCUGUGAAGAGGAGAAUGAGAUCUCCCUGCCACCUCCAGGCCACCAUUGAAUGCUCUUCCACUGGGUCUCCCAAGGGAUAGCAUGCAGGAACCCAAAUCACUGUGUUCACCUCCAUUGGCAUCCUCCAUGGAAAACAAAACUCAGUCCACCAUGGAGGCUGUUCUAAGGAAGAUAGCAGUGCCAUGGGAAGAAAUCCCCAAACUGGAGCUUCUUACCAGACUAGACUCUGAAAUGCUGGUCCUUGCCUGCCCCCUGCAGGUCUCUCUCAUUACUACCUGGAAGAUCUUUUCUGGAGAAGUCAUUUAAUAAAGUUUCUGCUCUACUCUAUUG